AUGUUGAACCGCUCUCUCUCAGACCAAUUCCUUCAACCACCCUUCACUCAGCCUACUAUCAGCGAGCCUCGCGAAACCCAGCAUGUCAACACCGAUACCGCCAUUGGAGAUGUGCGAAGGCCGUCGGCAGGCUGGCUCAGGAAUCCUGCCUGGAUUGACGGCGGUGUGAAUCCACCUAAAUAUUAUUUUUCGCAUGAAGAGAUUGAUGCAGCGUGCCGCGCCUCUGGAGUAGAACCACCUCCUCGAUACACUCAACCUGAGAUUCCAGUUGCCCCAUCUCAGCCGAUCACAACAGCUGGUCCAUGUCCUAUCCGUCCUUUCUUUCAAAUCAUGCUAAUAAACUUGACAGGAGUACCUCUUGCUACCCAGUAUGAUAUACUUUCCUCAAGGGUUUCUCCGACGCCAGUCCCAGCAAAUAACCAUUACCGUGCAGCAGGACCAUUGGGAAAUACUGUCGGAAAUGAACCUUCUGUGCCUCUACCUGAUGGGCAUCUCAUCAACGUAACACACACGUACACCUCAAUGGAACUGACUACUGGUUCCUCCCAAAAUGGGAAACCUGCUGCUCCAAAGAAGAAGGCAACGACAUUGCUUGGGAAUAUCGCUCUUGAAGGCAUUACACGUGUAGACUUUAUCAAGGCAUUCCUCUCCAUUCACAACCUUCACACCCAGUUUGCCCCCGGUGUCCACUCUGGUCCUCCUGGCGGGAAAGGCAAUGCGCCGACCUUCUUGACAGACAAAAGCUUCAGCCUCGCCCUGGCAGCCAUUUACAAGAAGGAUAAGAAGAAGAUCCAGAUCACUCUUGAGUUUGACACAGACAUGAUGUCAGGCUAUCGAAUUCAACAUCUGGCUCCUUCAUUGAAUGUGCCUGCGAAUGAUGGUGAGGACGAGCUUCUUUAUGGCACCAGGAUCAAGAAAUGGUGGCCAUGUGCUUCUCAUCAAGGAGAGCAUGGUGAACCAGGCCAUUGUUUUAUCACAGUCUCGGGAGGACAUCUGUGGCUCAACCCCCUCCGUCUUAAGAUGUGGGCUGCUGCUAUGGUACAUCUAAGUCUUAUAACAUACAUCCAAAGCCUAAAUAUCUUUUGUGCAAGCACAGUGCCGACGGUCUCUGCUCCAGGCAACAAUGACAUGAUGACACUUGUCAUGGCGUCUCUCAUUCCCGUCCUCGGUGGCUUAUCUCAUAAACGAUCCCGUUCUGAAUCCCCAGGCCGAUAUUCGCCUCCCCUUCCCAAGCGCUCUCGUUUUGAGUUCCAGACACCCAUUUGCAACCAGCCCAACGUCCUAACCCCAAAGUGCCCUUGCCGUGAAUUCCAGACACCAAGGCCACUGGAGUUUCAUCAACCUCCUGCCUCCCCCGUCUCCGUCCCAGCUCCUGGUUUUGAGCUGCGAGUGUGCCUUCGAGAGUUCGCUGAGCUUGAGGCUGUCGACAUGACGCCAUUUGAGAAAUGGCAGGCUACGUAUGAACAGAAGCUUUUUUCUGGUAACUACACUACUUAUGAGCUUCAGUAA